AUGAUCAGAACCCGCGCAGGCGCUAAGUAUACAGCCGGUGUUUUUGGAGGAGUCCUGAUUGCAUCCUACGUGACUGCAAAUUUGCUAGGAGAUCCACUUCCGAAAGAAGCCAGCGCCCGACCCUACCACUGGAUAUCUCCCGAGGCACAAACUUUGAUCGCAAGAAGCUACGAGCGCCACAAUAAACUCGCAGAUCCUACAAAGGAGAAUCAGACCAAGCUCACUCCGGAGGAAAUGAAGAGGAACAACAUACAGUUAGAGUCCAUGGCUACUGACCUCGAAGCACAUUACGACCCGAAAGGUAUACGAGACAGAGUCUCAUAUGGGCUUAUGAAAGGUCUAGAGCAACUUAUGCACUUAUUCUUCCGAGAGAAGUAUGAUCAUCACGCAGUAACGCUAGAAACUUUGGCGGCAGUACCGGGUAUUGUGGCUUCAGCUUUCCGCCACGCCCGUUCAUUACGACAAAUGCAGGCCGAUCACGGAUGGAUCAACCCACUGCAAGAAGAGGCCGAGAAUGAACGCAUGCACUUGCUAAUUUGGAUGCAGGUUACCCAGCCCACAUGGAUUGAGCGUCAGUUCGUGACCUUCAGCCAAGGUGCUUAUGCACUAAGCUAUGGUAUUUUGUAUGGGUUUUCACCUGCCACGGCGCACAGAUUCGUUGGCUAUUUGGAAGAGGCGGCUGUCACUGCAUAUACGGAUUUCAUUACUGCAAUUGAUGCUGGUGCAAUUGAAAACAAGCCUGCCCCAGUUGUCGCUCGCGAAUACUACAACCUACCAAAAGAAGCUACUAUCAGGGACGUAGCGCUCCGUGUCCGUGCCGAUGAGUAUAUGCACAGAGAUUUCAAUCAUGAGCUAGGAGAUAUGCAUGAAAACGGCAACCAAAACAAAUCACCAAACUUCAUGAGCUCAGAUGUAUCAAAGCGAAGAGUCCCGGCCGGGCCUUGGGAGCGAACCGAAACAGGCACGCUAGUUCGCACGUGGACAGACGUCAGCAAGUGGGAUGACGAGCCAGUGAAUUCGCCGCUACUACCACAGCCAGGCUCCUUCACUGGACUGUAAAUCUAUACGUUUUAGCCAAGUAAUAGAUAUCAAUUCAACACUGUAUUGUACAUAUUUAUUAUAUCAUAAAACAUCGAAAUCGAUGCAGUAGUUUUUAUGAAAACAAACAAUCAAACGUUAUUGCAAAUGGUAGGUG